CUCAACCAUUAUCGAGUCUGCAAUCCAUAGUGUAAUAUGGUCUUUAGAAAUAUAUUGUGAUUUGGCUGAAGAAGAAAGAGAUAAUGAAUCUCGUUAAUUAAUAUAAAGGGCCGAACAAAAGCACUGUUUUUUAUAAAUUCAACAUAUCUGCGUACCUAAGAGAAUAAAAAGAAAUGUCAGAUUUUUGACAACGGCAAGGAUUAUUUAACAUCUAUAUUAUUUAUUACUGUAAUGGAAGUUUCAUCAAGUAAUAAAGAUUUCAACGAAAAGAAACACUUCAUCACUAACAGUGAAUCAAAUAUCUCUAAUGAUAUUUCAAAAUACAAUGACGAAAAAGAAGCACACAAUAGAAAAAAUGAGACAACUGUUGAAGAAAAUUUAGAAGAUACUGCAUGCGAUUCUGUCUUGAUUAACAAUAGUUAUAUAGAUACUGAAAGUGACUCUAAUAAACUAGAGGAUAGUAAAAAGAAUGAAUUGGGAACUAGUGAUAAAUACUGCAAUGAAGUUAAUAACAUUAAUAGUCCUAAACAAUUAUUAUCAAAGAGAUUCUUAAAUCUUGUGGAUAGCGAUUCUGAAAAUGAACCUACUUUAUAUGAAACAUUGAAAAAAACUUGUAAUCCCAAUGAAAAUGAUGAACAUUUAAACAUUGCAAAAUGUAAGAAAAAUCUUAAAAAUAAAAAUGCAAGAAGAGUAAUAGACGAUGAUAGCGAUGAUAUUGAAGAUGACACACAGAUGAGCGAAAUUAAUAACUUUCCUCAAACUGUUGAUAAAACUAUAAAUAUUACUACUAGUGCGUACCAAUCUUUAAUAGACUCUGAAUCUGAAGAAGAAAAAGGGGAAACUCAAGAUUCUGUUGUUACAUUUGAAAAAUCUAAAAUAUCUGAUGAUAAAAAUACUAAAAAAGAAUCUGUUAAAAAGAGAAAGGGAUCUAUUAGAGCUUCAAAAGAUGAGGCAAUGCGUCAGAUACAUAGUGAAACCCAACGUUUAUUAAGAGAAACAGAAAUUUCUUUACCAUAUCACAGACCAAAACAGCGUACAUUACAGGAAUUCUUGAACAGAAAGAAAAUAUUGGAAUCUCUUCCAAAGGCACCUACAACAGCUGCAAGACUGAAAAUGUCAUCUGCAAUAGUAAGCCAAGUCGUUGCAGAAAAAGAAAAAGAAGCAGAAUUCUUUUAUAAAUCGUCAGAUUCAGAAGAUGAUACACAACAACCUAUAUCUUUUACUGCCAGAAAUACAUUAAAAGAGUCUUCCAUUACAAAUAAGAAGAUGCCAUUAAUAGAUGUCAAAAAUAAUUGUAUACAAGAUUCUCAAAAAAUUGAUAUAAACACUCAAACUAUAUAUAAUCAAGGAAAGAUUAUACAAGAUCAUAUAAAUCUCAAUACAUCUGUGAUAUCUGAAAAAAAUUUUAGCAAAGUAGAUGAUCAAAAUAGAGAGGCACCUUUCAUAACUGAAAAUAGCAGUAAUCAUGAUGACGAAUCCAAUACAUUAUCACAACAAACAGAUAAUGAAGACAAACAAAAUCAUCAAAAAUUUAGUGUAUCGAGAAAAUUGUUUGAUACAUGUUUUGAAAGUAAAACAAAUAAAGAUUCUGAUAUUAAUUCCAACAAACAAGAGAUUGAAGGCAUAGUUAAAACUAUUACUUUUUUGGAGAGGGAUGAAUGUGUUAAUGAUAAAAAAAUAAAAAAUCAGGAGAAAUCAGAAAUUAGUAUAAUAGAAAAUCACAUAUCAGAAAUAUCACAAGUAUAUCAAUGCGAUUCUGAAACAAUUAACAUAGAUAGAGAUAAAAAUUUGACUGCAAAAACAAAAAUAUCAGAAAUUCCUAGUAAUAUAAGUAAUAAGGAAAUAGUCAAAAUUCUUCAGAGAGAUAAUUAUGAAGCAGAUAAUAUUGUUACGUCUAUAAAUUCUAAUGAUUUUAUUAUAAUACAAGAUGGAAAUGAAAAAAAAAAGGAUAAGUGCAUUAAAAUGAAUAUAUCAUCAUCUACUAUUUUAACCAAUGACAUUCUACCAAAAUAUGAAAAUAAUUCUUUAACAGAAGAAUGUAAAGGCUCUGAUAGUCAUGCAUUUGGUUUGCCAUUUUCGAAGUUUGUAGAUGAAACUUUAAUUGAUAAAAAAAAAUUAUUACCAAAAUUAGCAUCAAAUUCUACAAUUACACUAAAAGGAUCACCAGGUAUGAUUAUUGAUUUGACGAAUAAUGUGAAAUCAUAUGGAAAAGGUGUAAAUACUUUAUUGGAUAGAUUUUUCUACAAACAUGUUAUUAAUACAAAAAAACAGGCUAACGAUAAAACUCAAGAAACUGUGGUAGAUUUACAAAAUACUCCAAACAAUUCUCUUCCGAUCAAAGAGUUACUUCCAUAUAAUUUACCCACUAAUACUGAUAAUCCUGAGUUGAAUAAACCUGGGGCCAAGUUCAUGCGUUUAAAAGAAGAUUUAAAGUUACAAAUGACUUUAAAACGUAAUGAAGAAUGGAAGCAUAAAGAUAUAGAAUUACGAGAAAAAGAAGAAGAAGAAUGGGAUGAGGAAGAAGAGAAUGAUUUUGAUUCAGAUGGACAAGAACAAAUUCUUAAUUUUGAAUCAAGUAAUAGUGAAGAGAGCGAACUCGAAGAGGAUGAUGUUUGUAUUAAGGACAAAAAAAAGAGUAAGUGCUUGUUUGCAGAUGACGAAGCUGAAGUUACAGACAAUGAAGAAUCAAGUACAGAUGCAGAGGAAACGUAUAGCAAGAAUGAUAUGAUCCAAGCAAAAUAUAACAAUAAACAAUCUGCAAACUUCAAGCGUAGAGAAGAACAUAUGAAUGGUAAUACAAGCGAGACAGAAAUCGAUCAGAAAGAAGAAGAGAUAGAAGAUAUGAUAGAUUCAGACACAGAUAUAGAAAAUGAAUAUGAUCCUAAAGACAAUGAUGAUAUUAAUGUUUGUAAAAAUUUUGAUAUCAAGAAUAAAAAAGAUAAGACAAAAUUGAUGGAGAAUUUUCAAGGCGGUUUAAACAUUACAAGUCCGAUUUAUCCGAAAAACGAUAAUUAUCAUUUAAAAAACGUUUUGAUAAAUGUAAAUACAUAUGAGACACGGUAUGAAGAUAAUGGCUUAAUAAGUGAGAACAAAAGCAAUAUGUGUGCUAAUCAGAAAGGUGCAGAAGUUAUUACUAGAAGCCAAAUAAAUAAGACACCUUCAACAAGUAUGCUCGACUUUGUUUCUCCUUUAACACAAUUAAGUAUAUUAAAUACUACUUUGGAUACUCCAAAAAAUAGGAAAGAUACACUAGAAAAGAGAGAAUAUUUCGUUGAUGCAGAUCAGAAGUCCAUUUAUAUGGAAAAUACACAAAGCGAUAAAUCUUCUGAAUAUACAUAUAAUACUGGGAACAAAAAUAUUUUAGGGAAAAAACUAUUUGAUGAUAUUAAAGAAAGUGUUGAUGAUGAAUAUCUUAUGCGAUUAUGUUCAGGUAAAUUUGAAUUCACGCAAAAAACCGAUUUAAAUUUAUCUUUACAAAUAACUAACAGUAAAUCGCGAUUGUGUCCAGAAAAUUCGAAUACGAAACUGAUCGAUAUCAAAGAAUUAGAAAGUCUCGAAAUAGAAGAUAAAAAUUCUCAAGAUGUAAAACUGAUAUUAGAUGAAGAUUCUAAUAAUUCUGGGUUAAAUCACAUCAAAACGAAACAAGUUGAUGAAAAAGUUUCGAAAUUAAAAUUAACGAUUGCUUCUUCAGACGAUGAUGAUGAAUUGGAUGAGACGGAUACGUUUUUGAAACCCAGAAAACGUACAAUGAAAAGAUUGUAUUUAUCUGAUUCGGAGGAAGAAAAUGUUCAAUCGUCCGACGAAGAAAACGAUAGUACAGACAAGGAGAUAGAAGAACAAUAUAUAGAUUACGAUUCCGAAGAGAACGAAGUUAUAUCGAAAAAAGAUAUAAAAAAAGUUGCGGCUGAUUUUUUAGAAGAAGAGGCCGAAUUGAGCGAAAGUGAUUGGGAUUCCGCUGAUGAGGACGAAAAAGACUUGGAUAAAUUAGAAUACGAAGAAGCUGAUGACGAACAUAUAGACGAACAUGAAAUGAAAAAUCAAUUGGACAAGAUUCACAGAAUAUACAUGAAACAGGUGCUAGAUGAAGAUAAAAGGGAAGUUAGAUUACUUCAAGAAUUAUUAUUUGAGGAUGGAGAUUUGCAUACCAAUGGAAUGGGUCGUGAGCGCAAGUUUAAGUGGAAAAAUAUAGAUAAAUUAGGAAGUAAUACUGAAAUGUCACAAGCAUCUGAUGAGAACGAUGGCUGGAUAGAUGGGCAAGAAGAAGAAGAAGAAACAAAAUGGAGUAAACUCAGGCAAGAAAGAGACAAGUUUCUUGAAGAAAGGAUGAAAUGUUCAAACAAUGAAAUUGAAGAUGAGUUAUGCAAUAGCCAAAUUUUUAAAUUUGGACUGGAAGCGCUUAAAAAGAUUAAUAAAAAUGAUGAAUCUGAAGAACUACAUGUUUCUGAUGACAAAAUAGAUUCAUCUGAAAAUAUGGAACCAAUUAUGCCGCGAAAUAUAACAGAUCUAUUGAAUAGACCAAAUACUGGAAAAAAAUCCCAAACGAUAUAUAAUGUUAUAAAAAAACGUUCGCUCUUAACUCGAGGAGAAGAGUCCUUGGCGAAGAUAGCUUCAUUGGCAAAGCAAGGUGAUUCUGCUUCUCAUGCAAUAAACACAAGAAAUUUUGUCUUUCAAUAUAUUAAUUUAAAUAAUACAUCCGAAAAGAACGAUGAAAUUAAAGAGGAAGAUAAAGGUUCACAAGCCAAGCCUCUGAAGAGAAAAGCAAUAUCAAAUUUUUCAUUGACAACGAAAAAAAAAAGAAAAUAAAAUUGUUCUUUUUGAAAAAAAUAUUUUAAAUUUUAUUUUUAUACAAAUAAUAUUUUACAUAUAUUUUACAUAAUUUUAAAUUAUUA